UAAUUUCAAUAUGACUAAUUAUGUUUCUCAUUUCAGUAUUAUUGUUGUUAUGGCGUUCCUCCAAUGGAUACAUUGGUUGGCAAUAUUGCAUAUCGUACGAUAUGGUUUGGUUAAUUCAGACAAUUGUGAAUUUGACAAACGAUGCCGAUGCAGUCUUAGAAACGAUCUCUUAGCCUUUGAUUGUUCAAAAAGUGGGAAAAUUUCAGUUCCAGCUGUUCCAACAAAUGUGUACACUUUCAAUGUAUCCAAUAAUAUUAUUUUAUUAAUUCGGAAUGGCACUUUCAAAAAUCUUGCUCAGCUAGUUACUCUCGAUUUGUCUUCGAAUCGUUUACAAACGAUAGAACCAGAUGCUUUCAUUGGUCUUCACUCAUUGAAACAAUUGAUCUUGCAAAACAACAAAUUGCGAUAUCAUCAAACUGUAUUUCCAGCUAACAUCUUUAGACCAUUAGUCAGUCUCCAGUCUCUUAAUGUCCAAAACAAUAGUUUGAAAUAUGAUCAAACAUUUCCGGAUGAUAUCAUAGCUGAUCUUGUAACCUUAGAGAGUUUGUAUGUUGAUGCCAUCUUUGUUACUCGGGUACUAUCAUUUGGUAAAGGCUAUUCCCGACUGCAGAAUUUGACAAAAUUAUUCCUUGGGAAUUGCUACUUGACUGAAAUUGACAAAAAUACGUUUGUAAAUGUUCCCUAUUUAGAGCAUUUACAGAUUUCGAAAUGUUCGAUUAGAGUUUAUAAUCCGUCUACAAUGCAAAGUUUGUACAGAAUGAAAAUUCUGAAUUUAUCAUACAAUAAGUUGGACUUCAAUGGAUUUCAAAACUUGGUGAAAGAUACAGAGAAAAUGACACUCUUAGAAACUUUAAUAUUAACUAAUUCAUUUCCAACCCAAAUGAAUUUACCUAAGUUAUUGUUCUAUUAUUUGGAUGCCACUAAAAUACGUGAAUUGUAUCUUAACAAGAACUUGUUUGUAAAUGCCACACCUGAAGUUAAACAUAUAGAAAGACUUCCAGAAACGCUCCAAUAUUUGGAUUUUUCAAAUAAUACACUUAUCGACUGUCGCUUUGAUAUGCCCAGUUUAAAACAAAUGAAAAUGCAGCAUAAUCUACUAGGUAGAUUUGUAGCAUCUGAAUCAUAUGCUCCAAUGAUCGAAAACGAUACAAGCUACCUACUUGAAACAGUGGAUCUAUCUUUUAAUGAAAUUCAUACACUAAAAUGGUCAGUGUUUAAUAACCAACUCAAAUUAAGGAUUAUUAAUUUAAGUAACAACUUCUUAUCGGACAUUGCUUUUGACAUUUCUCAAUUAACGAAGCUUGAAAUGCUUGAUUUAUCCAACAAUAAUAUAACAAGCAUAUCGAACAUGCAAUCAAAGAAAGCAAUUAGCAACUUUUCAAUGCAGUCAGCAUUCAAAGUAGAUUUAUCAAAUAAUCUUCUUGAAUGUGUAUGUAAAGAGGCAGUAUUUCUAAGAUGGAUUCUUAACCAUGUAACUGUUUUUCAUAACAUUGAUCGUUACACGUGUAAACUCGAUAGCGGAAACGAUGUCAAUAGAAAUUUUGUUCACAAUGCUGAACAAGUUAUCAAAGGAUGCAGAGACUACACAAUUUUAGUAAUUUGUGUAUCGCUGAUUUUAUGUUUGGCCAUUGUAGCCGUUGUUGCUGGUUUAAUUUAUCGAUAUCGUUGGAAGCUUCGAUAUAUGUAUUAUAUGACUAAGAGCAAAUGGUAUCGAUAUAAACCCCCUGGUACCGAAGGCCAGUACAGAUAUGAUGCCUUUAUAUCGUAUUCUGACAGCGAACAGAAUUUUAUAGUUAGAGAGUGCAUUCCAAAACUUGAAAUGGAAAGAAACCUAAAGCUUUGUAUUCAUCAGAGAGACUUUAUACCGGGAGAGGAAAUUACCGUGAACAUUACAAGUGCCAUUCAUGACAGUAAGAAAACGAUUUGUAUAAUUACAAGAUCAUUUUUAGACUCAUAUUAUUGUAAUUUUGAAUUCAAUAUGGCUAGGAUGGAAAACAUUUAUCACAGAAAGGGACAAAACAUAUUAUUUUUAGUGUUCUAUGAGAAGAUCCCAGCAAAGGAUUUAUCUUUAGUUAUGUUAGAACUUAUUCAAAAGCAUUCCUAUAUUGAAUACCCUAAUGAAGAACAAGGCAAUGAGUUGUUUUGGGACAAGAUCAAAGAAGCAAUAGAAUGACUAUUAAUUAUUCUUAUAUAUAUAUAGUAAAACAUAUGUCCUUUUGACACGUUAUUGAUGUUGAAAACUUAUUAUGACGUGAUUGUUAUGGGAAAAUUUAAAUAGUCAAAA